CAGCCAAUUCUGGCCAGCCCUGAAAACAAGUAACAACUUUUCAGCUGGAUCCCUGGAAGGAGCGGCUCGAUCCUUCUCUAGCAUUUUCUCUUUUCCCGUAGGGAAAACAAAGAUUUGGAUUAUUGGGGGUAUUAUUUUGACCCCUGCAGAGCAAACCUGACAUCAAGAUACCUAUUACGGACAAAUCUAUUUAUACUUUUUUGGGGUUAAUGUCGGAACAGUGAUAUGAAUACAAUACAAUUCCAGGAAUCCACCACUUCCUGGAAUAGCUUAAAAGGGGCAAACAAAAGAUUACUUAGUAGCGUUUUCCCCCCAGAACUGUAUUACUCCGGGAGCCAGCGCCGAAGGUAGCUGCGGCAGUUCUCCGUUCAACUUCUUCCGUACAGAGAGACUAUUUAUUGAGAUAUAUUUAUAAUUAUUCAUUUUUCUUUCUUUUUUUACUGGCGAUUUUAACGCCACUAGGAAGGAGGUUUUUUUCUCCCCUAAGUACUCAUUUUCUUUUACUUCGGUAAUUUAAAUAUCAUUUAUAUUACGUUUUUUUUUUACUUGCCACAGCAAGAGUGUGUUGGGAAACGGCUGCGGUCAGGCGCGUUCUUCAACGCAGAACUCGCUGAACGAUCAGUAAAGAUUUCCUGGAUACCCCAAUUUACUUUAUUCGCUGUGGGUGACCUCCAAGGUGCUCUUGAGAAUCUGUGUUGGGAUAGAUCCGACCUCUUCUCCGCAAGCUACUUAACUACUGACUUGUGUUACUCCUGCUGGGAACAAAGAAGAUAACCAAUAGUGGGAGAGCUGUUUCCCGGUUCCUCCGAAGACUUAAUGCUCUUUCCUUGGUCCUGGAGUGACAUGAUCCUCUGUGUUCAGGGACCCCAUCCUUUGCUGGCAGAGGAGAAAAUCAGGAGACUAUCGCUUGGGGCUCUUGCUGUGAAUGUGUCAGAGCAAGUAAUGCAGCCUCUGUCAGUCACACCCUUCCAAGAAGAGUCCGUUCCUGCCUUUGUGGCACCCACGCUAGAGAGCAAUCCGCCUCAGCCACGAGAUCCAGAAGAGGAUCUGUUGUGCAUUGCAAAGACCUUUUCAUAUUUGCGAGAAUCUGGCUGGUAUUGGGGCUCUAUCACAGCCAGUGAAGCCAAACAGCAGCUCCAGAAGAUGCCUGAAGGCACCUUCCUGGUGCGGGACAGCACUCAUCCAAGCUACUUGUUCACACUGUCAGUGAAAACCAACCGCGGGCCCACCAACGUGCGCAUCGAGUAUGCUGACAGCAAGUUCCGGUUAGACUCCAACUGCCUCUCCAAACCUCGAAUUUUGGCCUUCCCAGAUGUGGUCAGCCUGAUCCAGCAUUAUGUUCUUUCCUGCACGGUGGAGAGCAAGAGCGAUGCUCCUUAUCCCCCGCCUAUGCCCUCACCACCCUUGCAAAAAGAGAUUGCAGCCUCGGCAGUGCACUUGAAACUGAUCCGUCCGCACAGCCACAAGAACAAUGCACCAAGCCUGCAGCACCUCUGCCGGCUACAGAUCAACAGAUCCACUGCAGAGGCAGACCACUUGCCUUUACCAAAGAGAAUGAAGGACUAUUUGAAGCAGUACCCUUUCCAGCUUUGAGGUGCUGCCAGUUUGCCCCAGAAAGACAAUAGAAGCAAAAUAAAAUCCAGAUGGGACAGUAACAUGGCUUUGUCCCACUGAAGUGGUGUGGUAUUAAGUGGGCACAACAAAUAAAUGGCCAUCAGAAGAGAUUGUGUCUAUUAUCUCUUCCCCUUUUGUUCCCACCUACCCUAAUUUCAUUCCUGUGUUAGGGAGGGGGCUGCUAGUACCAAUGACAUUUACAUGGUACACAAUUCCAAUG